CUCUCCGCGCGAAAUUUUGAGAGUUCCGUUGAGAACAAAACAAGAGCGCGAAGCAACAGCUGCAGCAGCACCGAGCGCCGGUUCCGCUUCACAACCGUAAAACUACCGAACGGAUCACGAUGGCGGAGCUCGGCUGCUACUCUCCCAGCUUCAAGAAACCGUCCGAUGUGCUGCGGAUGAGGCGGAAGCGGGCGCGGAGUGAAGGACCGGGCGGGAAAGCGUCGAGUCCGGCGUUGUCCGGAGUCCGGCCGUUCUCCCCGGGGCCACUACUCACCGCUACGGGACGCGGCAACGGCGGAGUCAAGCGGAGAAACCCGUUCGCCAGCAUCGAGAACACCUACAGCAGCCCGAAGAAAAGAGCUUUAAUACAGGAGGACGGUAGAAAGAGUUCAGCCGCGGGUCCAGACGAGAAACUCCGAGAAGAACUACCGAAAACCGGAGCUUCACUGCGGGAGGAGCUGCUGCACACAGAUCGACACAAACAACAGCACACACAGGUGGUGGUGUCUCUCUCUGAAGCUGACGGUGUGUUUGAGGAGGAUCUGUUUGAUCCCCAGAGCUGCUCUGCGGUGCUGAAGAGUCCUGAGGCGCUCCGUGACUCUGCUCCGGCUGAGGUGUGUGUGGAGUAUCCGGCGGACUGGUCUCUGAAAACUCGUCUGCUGUUCACGUCUCCUCAGUCGUUCUCCUGGGCUGAGCAUCUGAAGGCGCAGGAGGAGGCGCAGGGCUUGAGUUCUCACUGCAGAGCCCAGUUCAACAGCAUUCCUGCUCACAUACCGGAGCCCCGGGGCUGUGCGGAGCUGCGGUGUGGUUUCCAGCAGAGUCUCCAGUACUGGCAGCACCCAUCUCUGCCCUGGCUCUCUCUCUUUCCACGCAUUGGCGCUGAACGCAAGUUUUCUGGCCAGUGUGUGCCAUGGGCGCAGGAUGCAGUGCUGCAGCAGAGCCUCAUGAGCGACUGGUGUGUGAGUCUGACGUCUCUCUACAGUCUGCUGAAAGCUCGCCUCUGUCCGUAUUUCUAUGUGUGCUCGUAUCAGUUGACUGUUCUCUUCAGAGCGGCCGGUCUGAGCGGAUCUGCAGGCGUCACUGCACUGCUGUCGCCCACCACUAGAGGACUCCGAGAUGCCAUGAAGACCGAUGGAAUCGAGUUUUCUCUCCCUCUGCUGGAGGAGAAGAGGAAGAGCAGAGGUCAGAGUUCAUCACAGCCUGCAGACGGUGAAGAAAUGACCAGCGGCGCUCAGCUGAGUGAACACAGCGAGAAUGAAGAAGAGGAGGAGGAAGAUGAUGAUGAUGAUGGGGGGUUUUCAUGGCUGAAGGAGAUGGGCGUUCAAGACAAGAUCAAGAAACCAGAUGCCAUUUCUAUUAAACUUCGUAAAGAGCACAGGGAGGUUCGUCUGGACCGCCGGCCUGAGUCUGUGGUUCUGGUGGAGGGGUCCAACACCUUCACGCUGCUGAACUUCCUGAUGAACUGUAAGAGUCUGGUGGCCGGUGCCGGAUCUCAGGCUGGGCUUCCUCCAACACUACUGGCCCCGACAGCCUUCAGAGGAGCCACACUGCAAACGCUCAAGGCUCGUACGGUGAAUGUGAAGACUCAGGUGCGAGCGGGUUAUGAGGACGUGUGCAGUCUGGAGGUGACGGGACCCAUAAUGCCUCACUGUGUGCACGCGCUGACGCUGCUCCUGAAAGCGGCUCAGAGAGGACAGUUUACUACGUCUCUGUACACACACGAGCCCACAGCCGUCCUCAACAUCCCCAUCAGCCCCAGCACACACACGGAGGAGCACACGAAGUGUGUUGUCCAGGAUCUGCUCAGCUGUGGCCUACAGCAGAGCUCCGUUCAGCAGCUGGCAGCCCCGAGCAUUCUGGGAAAGGCAGCACUCAGACACCUGCAGAUGAGGGACUGUUCAUACAGCUGGAGGACCUGAGACCAGCUUCGCUCAACACACACACAGACAGACACACGUAUGCUCCAACAGGCAGGAAUAUUCACAUCACAUCACACACACACUGACAGGCAGGAAUAUACGCAUAUAUACAUGCACACACAGAGCCAGGAAUAUUAACACACAGAGCACUGGACAGCCUGUAGUGUGGUCUUAAUUAUGUUUUAAUGCUGAAAUGUGACUUAAAGCUGAAUUUUAAACUGAUGUCUGUCUAAAUCUGUCAUAAUCUGAGCUGAAAUCCUCAGAGUGUGUUCAUCACACUUGUACGAGUUUAUAAUAUUAAAUGGGUUGAAGUAUCUCUUGCUUUGUGUUUGUCAUAAUAGUGUCAAACGUAAUGAAAAUUGUGUCUGGCAGGAGUAAUAUCAGGCGUACAUUAGUGCUAAUGCUUAUUACAUAAUAAUUACUUUAGAAAUAAGUCAACAAUGAAAAGUGUUUAAUAUUUUAAUUGUAUAUGCAUAUUCAUGACAUGCAAACACUCGCACAGGCUUAUCUUCAUAUCUCAUUAGACUUCUGGAUGGCCCGUUAUGAUUUUAAUGUGUUUUAGAUUGUAUUUUGGGGUUUGAAUUAUUGACUUUAGCUGAAAAACAGAUGAUAAGAUUUUCAGAAGUGCAUGUUUAAUCUAAAUCUCUCAUCAUCAUGUUUCUGACAGCUGAAAUCUUCUGUGUAUUCAUCACUCACACUUACAACAUUAAAUAGGUUGAAAUAUUUCUUGCUUUUUGCCUCUCAUAUGUCAAUUUAGGAUAUAUAAAAGCAAAAUGGUGUUUAAAAAUGAUGUGAAGGAAACUGGGCAUUAGUUGGUGUAAACUACUUUUUAAAUAAAUAAAAUGCUCAUGAAAUAA